AAGAAAAAAACACAAGAAAGUGGCAGAGAAAGAGAGAGAUAAGAAGUGUAUCAAACCUUUCUUACACCUUCUUCAUCUACUCUUGUUACAUGCUUUCUCUAUCUCUUCAAAUACUUUGUCUGCUACAGAAUCUUUCACCAUUUCAAGCAACAAAACCAAUAUAUCUCCUGGUUAAAUCUUCGAGCUUGGUUUCUUCAAGCCCCCCUCAAGUUCUCGUUGGUAUCUUGGAAUUUGGUACAAGAAAAUCCCUAAGAGAACUUAUGUAUGGGUUGCAAACAGAGACAAUCCUCUUUAUUUCCAACAGAACUCUCAAAAUAUCUGACAAUAAUCUCGUCAUUUUCGAUCAAUCCGAUGCACCUGUUUGGUCAACAAAUCUAACUGGAGUAGAUGUGAGAUCUCCAGUGAAGACCUUUACCAACACUGAGCAAGAUACAAGAAAAUACGGAAACUGUUCUUUCACACUUAAACGCAGCUGGGCAAACUCUUCAACAGUGUUUACAGAAACACUUUCAGUUGUACAAACAGUCUUUGCAGUCCCGUAUUCCACUCUCUGUGUUUCUCAAAAGCUUUACUUCUCUGUUGUUGUAACCACACGUUCUGAUUCUCGGACAGCAGCAUAUCUGAAACUCCUUACA